AUGUCUUAUACUCAUCAGGACAUGUACACACAAAGUGCAGAGCGACCACGAUUGGUUACUGUGGUCCGACCGUGCGGUCACAGCACCCUCAGAAAGGUGACGGUGCUGUUGAACCGUAGGGGCGUGGUCUCGUACGAGCAGCUUCUAUUGGACGUCUCCGAGGCGCUGGGCUUCCCUCGCUGGCACAGGGCCAGAGUCACACGCCUCUACACACCACACGCACGAGAGGUGCGGGGCGUGUGUGAUUUCUUCCGUGGCGAAGCGGCGUUCCUGGCGUUGGGAAAGUCUCGUCCAGAGCUCCGGAGCGUCAAGGAGGCCCUGGAGGAGAUGUUCCCGCAACAUUCCCGUUACUGUGACGACGCGCUCCGUGCCUGGGAGAGGAGGUUACGACCUUCACCUGAUAAAGCUGCCAAGGCCGACAGCGGAUACAGCAAAGGGACGGACACACAGACAAACAUAACACACAUUCUAACCGAAACUCCACACACCCCUCUCACCCCCCCAAUCAAACUUCAGAGGGUCAGAGUGAAAAGCGGAACUAGAGAGAGACUUUCUUCACCGAUAGGUCCACUCACCCAGGAGGAGGAGCAAGGAGAGAUAGACACACUCCCUCCUCCACGCAGCAGGAACUGUAAGCUCUCUGAACGACCCAAUCAGAGAGCAGGGAGGGCUCCACUUCCUCCCGUAACCAGGAAGCAAAUAGGAAACAGACCAAACGACCUGGAAGUAGAGAAACCUCACGUCGGUCCCGCCCGACGCCACACUGGACCAAUCUGUAGGAUUGAGGAGGAGUCCCUCAGCCAAUCAGAACGUUCCUCCUCAGAUUCUAAACAGGAAGAGGCGGGGACUAAACCGGAAGGGAUCUUUGACCUCCCAUCUGACAAUAGUGAUGUCACUCUGUCGGAUAUUGAGCGUUGCUAUGAUAUCGGCCGCACGGUCGGAGACGGGAACUUUGCUGUUGUGCGUGAGUGUCGUCGGCGUGACAAUGGAGAAGCCUUCGCCGUAAAGAUUGUGGAGCGCUCAAAACUGAUUGGCCGAGAGCACAUGAUGCAGAACGAGCUGAGCAUUCUGAGUAGCCUGUCACAUCCCCGCGUGGUGCGUCUCUUCAUACACCACCACACACACACACACUCCUAUCUCGUCAUGGAGAUGGUUACCGGGGGCGACCUGUUCGAGGCGAUUGCGGAGCGUGGGAAGUUUCCGGAAGAGGAGGCGGGGCUGAUGGUGUGUGAUGUCAGUGAGGCUCUGAGAUACAUUCACAGCAAGACCAUAGUACACAGAGACCUGAAACCUGAAAACCUACUGGUGGAGCACAGUAGUGAUGGGGUCCGUAGGUUGAAGCUGGGUGAUUUUGGUCUAGCCAUGGUUGUAACAGAACCCAUCUUCACUGUGUGUGGAACACCCACCUAUGUCGCCCCGGAGAUCCUCUCAGAGACAGGGUAUGGUCUGCCGGUAGACCUGUGGGCUCUGGGGGUGGUAGUCUACAUCCUGCUCUGUGGGUUCCCUCCGUUCCGGAGGAGAGACAGAGACCAAGAGGAGCUGUUCCAUCUGAUCAGAGAGGGACACCUCACCUUCCUGUCCCCUUACUGGGAUCACAUAUCUGAUGGUGUGGGUCCCCCGGUGCUGCGGGACGCCAGCCCUGGGCUGGGGGCGUUGCCCACAUUCGACACCACCAGCGGCACACCGUGGAGCCGCCCGGCCCCGACAGCCAAAUCAUCCCUGCCGAUGCCUACCUCUCGCCUUCCAAGCGGACACAUCACGAUCAAGUCGGACGCCACGCAUUGCACAAGCCUGGGGAGUAGCCUCAGGAGAACAGCCAGCAACCCCAAGGUGGAAAGCGGCUACGAUGAGAAUCCUGUAGGGCAGGUGGAGCACAUUAACAAUCCACAGAAUGCAACCAACAGCCCAAAGGAGUUCAAGGGCACUUCGCUUUAUUGA